UAGACGUGGCACUUUAUGACCCGGAUUCAGCAAUGCUGGAGUUGAAGAACUGCACAACAGUAAUUAAUUUAAUUCAACUUUCGAAAAGCAUAAAAUGGAUAUUUUUUUCGUGAAGACUAUCCUGAUUCUGUGUUGGGUAACAGCACUCCAGGCACAAACAACUCAACCUGAGACAUGCCCAACCCAGUCAAAAUUCUCAAAGGCCGUUGAUAGCUUCCUGGAUGUGCUUACGGCAGAGGAUCCUGAGAAGAUUAAAAUCAAGGCUCAAGUAGACCGCUUAGCUGGUAUAGUAGACGAGUUUGAGAGUUUGGUUGUUACGCUGACACAAAAACAAGAAGAACAAUCGCAGAAACUCUCUGACAAAAUUGAUGAACUGGAUGGCAUUCUGGAUGACAUAAAGGGAUGCACAUGCUCGCUCCAUCAUGAUGCUGUUUUCCAUGUGUCAGUAGGAGGUACUUACAAGUUGAAUUUCGAACAAGCAAAACAGGCUUGUAUCGACCGGGGCGCCACCAUAGCUACUGUUGCUCAACUGGCAGCUGCGCAGACAUUUGGUCUUGACCGCUGCGCUGCUGGGUGGCUAUCGGAUGGUAGCGUUAGAUACCCGAUAACGAUGCCACGCAACGGAUGCGGUGGGGAAGGCACUGCCCCUGGGAUCCGAAGCUGGGGAAAACCCACAAAAGAUAAAACAUACGAUGUGUAUUGUUUUCAUUAGAAGUCUUUUUAUAUGACAAUUUCUUAAGUGUAUGCUUCUGACUUGUCAAAUUUUGGAUAUUGUAUGUCGUGUGACCGAUAAUAUCAUCAACAUUGAAAUAGAAAUCAAGGUGGUGGGUCGGGAGUCGUUUUUUUUUACUAUGCUUACAACUAGUUUAAGGUCCAUAAUUAACAAUAAACCAUGCAGUUUGUCAGUUGAAAUGGUAACCACUUACAGUAUGUGGCUAAAUCCAUGUUAAUUAUUGUAAAAUUGAUUAUUAAAAAAACUUCUUUUUAAACAGAAAUUUUCCACAAAGCCAGUCAAGCUUUAGGCUAACUGCGUGCUAUCUGUAAUUCGUCAAUUUGCAUUCCUUAAAAAAUAAACGUACCACGUAGCAUUAAAAACGUGUGUUGAGUCUGGAA